GCGUCGAAACGUAGCCAACCUGCGACAGCUCGGGCGGCGGUUUGUUUUGGAUGAGAUGCUCACUGCAGCAUUUUACGUUUAUCAAUUAAAGGUGAAUUAACAUGAUCCACGAGCUGUUGCUGGCGUUGAGUGGGUACCCGGGGACCAUUUUCACAUGGAACAAACGAACGGGUUUGCAGGUGUCCCAGGACCUGCCCUUCCUUCACCCCAGUGAGACCAGUGUCCUCAACCGGCUCUCUAAACUGGGCUCAGAUUAUAUACGCUUCACAGAGUUCAUAGAACUACACACCGGUCAUGUGCAUCAACAGGAACAUCACACGAACCAGCCCAACCAGACGGGACUUCAUGGCAUUUACUUGCGGGCUUUCUGCACAGGGCUGGACUCCAUCCUGCAGCCGUACAGACAGGCCCUGCUGGACCUUGAGCAGGAGUUUCUUGGAGAUCCACAUCUGACAAUAUCUCAUGUGAAUUACAAGCUCGAUCAGUUCCAGUUGCUGUUUCCCUCUGUGAUGGUGGUGGUAGAGACUAUAAAGUCACAGAAGAUCCACGGCUGUCAGAUCCUGGAGACGGUGUACAAGCACAGCUGUGGGGGGCUUCCUCCUGUACGCAUGGCCUUAGAAAAGAUUCUUGCUGUGUGCCACGGUGUGAUGUACAAGCAGCUCGCAGCGUGGAUGCUGCAUGGAUUGCUGCUGGACCAAAGCGAGGAGUUCUUUGUGAAACAGGGGCCCAGUGCAGGAGGUGCUGCUGCCAACCAGGAGGAGGAGGAGGAGGACCUGGGGCUGGGGGGCCUGAGUGGGAAGCAGCUCCGAGAACUGCAGGACCUGAGGCUGAUCGAGGAGGAGAACAUGCUGGCCCCGUCCCUGCAGCAGUUCUCCCUGCGAACUGAGAUGCUGCCUUCCUACAUCCCCAUCAGAGUGGCUGAGAAGAUCCUCUUCGUUGGAGAGUCCGUACAGAUGUUUGAAAACCACAACCACAGCCCCUCUAGAGCUGGCUCCAUACUGAAGCACCAGGAGGACUCGUUUGCUGCCGGGCUGCACAGACUCAAACAGCAGCCUCUGUUCAGCCUGGUGGAUUUUGAAAAUUUGAUCGACCACAUCAGGAGCACAGUAGCAGAGCAUCUCUGGACGUUGAUGGUGGAGGAGUCGGAUCUGCUCGAACAGCUCAAGAUCAUUAAGGACUUCUACUUGCUGGGUCGUGGCGAGCUCUACCAGGUGUUUAUCGACCUCGCGCAGCACAUGCUGAAGACUCCUCCCACAGCUGUCACCGAGCACGAUGUAAAUGUGGCCUUUCAGCAGGCGGCUCAUAAGGUGCUGCUGGACGACGACAACCUGCUGCCGCUGCUGCACCUCACUGUGGACUACCAGGGCAAAGACAGCAAAGAGGCGACAGGCCCAAGAGAUAGCGCCACUCCUCCUCAAGACACGUCUCCCCGUGAGGUCCCCCCCACAGGAUGGGCGGCUUUGGGUCUUAUCUACAAGGUCCAGUGGCCACUGCACAUCCUCUUCACUCCGGCCAUCUUGGAGAAGUACAACGUUGUGUUCAGGUACCUGCUGAGUGUGCGGAGGGUGCAGUCUCAGCUGCAGCACUGCUGGGCUCUCCAGAUGCAGAGGAAGCACUUGAAGUCCAGCCAGACAGACGCCGUGAAGUGGAGGCUACGCAACCACAUGGCCUUCCUGAUCGACAACCUGCAGUACUACCUGCAGGUGGAUGUGCUGGAGUCUCAGUUCUCUCAGCUGCUGCAGCUCAUCAACUCCACCCGAGACUUCGAGAGCAUCCGACUGGCCCACGACCACUUCCUCAGCAACCUGCUCGCCCAAUCCUUCAUCCUGCUGAAACCGGUAUUCCACUGUCUGAACGAGAUCCUGGAGCUGUGUCAGAGCUUCUGCUCGCUGGUCAGCCAGAGCGUGGUGUCUCUGGACGAGAGGGGGACCGCUCAACUGGACAUCCUGGUCAAGGGCUUCAGACGGCAGUCCUCCUUGCUGUUUAAAAUCCUCUCCAGCGUGAGGAACCAUCAGAUAAACUCGGAUCUGGCUCAGCUGUUGCUGCGACUGGACUACAACAAAUACUACACCCAGGCUGGAGGCACUCUGGGCAGGUACGAUAUGGAAGUCUUAUCUUUUCAGCUUAAAAUGUUAUCCACGUGCAGAUUUUACACACAUCCAAAUCUCUUGAGACAAUUAAUGUAAUUAUUUUCUAUGUCUUUCUUUUCAGUGUUUAAGAGGAUUAAGAACCUCUCCCUCUGAACAAAAGAAUCUCCCAUCAGUGCUGCCUUUUGGAUUUGCCCUGAACAGAAUACUGUUAGUAUGGAAUGCCUGUAUAAAAUAUUUUAAGGGUUAGCUCACCCCAAAAAUAAACUCAUAUGUUCCUUACUUACCUGUAAAGAUAUUUAGCCAUGCAGACAGAUGUUUUGUUUUCAGAUGUAUGCCACUGAAACCUCUGCCAUCUCCUCAACAGAGUUGGAUUUUUGUUUGACACUCAGCACAAAAAUUGACCUUUAAAAACAGCAAACUGUCUUUUAAGAAACAUGACCUCCCUGUGAACAGUUUUCAGAGGGACUAUUUCUUUGUUCGGAAAGUAAUUUCAGUGACAACUGGUGAGUUUUGUGGAUUAAAUGCAAUAAUCUAUCCUAGUGUGAUUGAGUUUAACCCUUUAGCAUAUUCAACAAUCCAAGCCUGGUUGAACUGUUUAUAUAUUCAAUUGAAUACAUAUUUCUACUUAAGUAAAACUACUUAUUUGCUAUUGUAACGUCUCCUGGCUGUGGCUUUAUAUUUAGCGUACAAAUAUAAUAUAUAAAAUAUGCUAAAAUGUUGAACGAUUGCUUACCUGCGAUACAUUGUCAUAAAACUGACUGUAGUUCAAACUGAUAUAAACCUGCUUUCAAACAGAAUUACUUAGAAAUAACCCUGGCACAUCUUAAACAUAACUUUGAAAGGACAAGUUGCUGUUAAAAUGUUAAAUAUCAUUUUCAAAUUAUGUGGGAAGGUUUGUGUGACUCUGGCUUCUGCUCAUCAUCCUUGUAUAAAACUGUAAAUAUGAAACUGUGUGAGAACCGAAAAUAAACUCCAAUUGGUUAAAAUG